CAUAUAAUGCAGACGAUACCCAGUUUAACUCAUGCACCAAUCGUAGUGCGUGUCACUUCUGCCGGUCGCCAUUACCAAGUCGCCGGUGCAUGUUGUAAUAGAAAUAUAGUUUAUCAUCGAGACACAUUCCCAAAACAAGCGUCUACACAGUCGAUCCUCUGACCAUGAAGACAGCUGCCCCAGCAUGGGGCCCUCAGUGGCUUCUGAGAAUGUCUCCGGACAAACAAGACACUCUGCUCAAGAUGAUGGUCUUGGCAAUUGCUUCUGUUCUCUCCUUUUCUACAAGACUGUUCUCUGUGUUGCGAUUUGAAAGUGUUAUCCAUGAGUUUGAUCCUUAUUUCAACUACCGUACAACUCGGUUCUUGGCUGAGGAAGGGUUUUACUCAUUCCACAACUGGUUCGAUGACCGGGCAUGGUACCCCCUUGGUCGUAUCAUUGGUGGGACCAUCUACCCAGGUCUGAUGUUGACAUCUGCGAUUCUGUACCACGCUCUCAACUUCCUGCACAUCACCAUCGAUGUGAGGAACGUGUGCGUGUUCCUGGCGCCUCUCUUCUCCAGCUUCACCACCAUCGUCACCUACCUCCUCACCAAGGAGCUCAAGGAUGCUGGAGCAGGACUGGUGGCAGCUGCCAUGUUGUCCAUCGUCCCUGGUUACAUCUCCAGGUCUGUGGCUGGUUCCUAUGACAACGAGGGUAUCGCCAUCUUUUGUAUGCUGUUUACCUACUAUCUUUGGAUCAAGAGUGUGAAGACUGGCUCUAUCUACUGGGCUGUUUUCUGUGCCCUUGCCUACUUUUACAUGGUGUCCUCAUGGGGAGGUUAUGUUUUCCUCAUCAACCUCAUCCCCCUCCACGUCCUGGCUCUCAUGUUGACUGGCCGGUACUCCCACAGGAUCUACGUCGCAUACACCACGGUGUACUGUCUGGGGACCAUUUUGUCCAUGCAGAUUCCCUUUGUAGGCUUCCAGCCAGUCCAGUCCAGUGAACACAUGGCUGCUCUUGGUGUGUUUGGACUGUGUCAGAUCCAUGCCUUUGUGGACUACCUGCGCUCCAAGCUGUCGUAUGACCAGUUCACCCUCCUCUUCCGCAGUCUGGUUCUGUUUGUGGGCUCAGCUGUGUUUGGUGCUGCCGCCAUCGCCACCGCUCUCGGCAAAAUCUCCCCCUGGACUGGGCGUUUCUACUCCCUGCUGGACCCCUCCUAUGCCAAGAACAACAUCCCCAUCAUCGCCUCCGUCUCUGAGCAUCAGCCCACCACCUGGAGCUCCUUCUACUUCGACCUGCAGUUCCUGGUCUUCAUGUUCCCAGUUGGUCUGUACUUCUGCUUCUCUAAGCUGACAGAUGCCAACAUUUUCAUCAUCAUGUAUGGAGUCACCAGUAUCUACUUUGCGGGAGUGAUGGUUCGACUGAUGCUGGUUCUGGCCCCUGUCAUGUGCGUGUUGUCUGGCAUCGGUGUCUCCUCCAUCCUCAGCACCUACAUGAAGAACCUGGAUGUUGCCCGCAAGGACAAGAAGCCCAAACGGGCUGAUGGCUCAUAUCCUCUGAAAAAUGAAAUCGCCUCAGGCGUGGUGAUGAUCAUGACAGCCUUCCUCAUCAUGUACACAUUCCACUGCACGUGGGUGACCUCCGAAGCCUACUCCAGCCCCUCAAUUGUCCUCUCUGCUCGUGGUGGUGACGGCAGCCGGAUCAUCUUUGACGAUUUCAGGGAGGCUUACUACUGGCUAAGGCACAACACUCCGGAGGAUGCCAAGGUGAUGUCCUGGUGGGAUUAUGGGUACCAGAUCACAGCUAUGGCCAACCGGACAAUAUUAGUGGAUAACAACACUUGGAAUAACACGCAUAUCUCCCGGGUUGGCCAGGCCAUGUCCAGUACAGAAGAAAAAGCAUAUGAGAUAAUGCGAGAGUUAGACGUGAAUUAUGUGCUGGUAAUAUUUGGAGGCCUCACAGGCUACUCCUCUGAUGAUAUCAACAAGUUUUUGUGGAUGGUGAGGAUAGGUGGCAGCACUGAUCGAGGUCAGCACAUCAAAGAGAGUGACUACUACACGUCUCGCGGCGAGUUCCGCGUUGACAAGGAGGGCUCUCCCAUCCUCCUCAACUGCCUCAUGUACAAGAUGUGCUACUACAGGUUCGGCUCAGUCUACACGGAGGCCGGCAAGCCUACUGGGUAUGACAGAGUGAGGAAUACUGAGAUUGGUAACAAGGACUUCGAGUUAGACGUCUUGGAAGAAGCUUAUACCACAGAACACUGGCUGGUCAGAAUAUACAAGGUGAAGAGUCUGGAAAACCGUGGAGUGUAGUGCCUGUCUCUCUCUCACUGGCUGUAGGGAGACUGGCUACAGUCUAGCCUGACACAUUUCACGUUUCAAUAUUGUCAUGCUUGCUGCUGAACAUUCAGAUAUCCUCUUAUUGGUUUUCACAUGGCAGUGUUGGAGUAUGGACAUGGUCAACCAGAAUUAACAAGAAUACUUUACAAAAAGUAAAUGAAAAAUUCCUGAAUUUUUGGGAGUAUAAGUUUCCAUGACGAUCUGGUAAUAGUUGAUCUAUAAUCUCUUACUGACACAAGUUGGCCGCCAUCAUCCAGCUCACAGCGGCAUCUCUACAGCCUACACUCAUUUCCUUGUACAUGUUUCACUUAAUAAAUAUUUUAUUACAAAGA